AUGUCUACGCUUUCGGAAAACACGCGCGAUCGCGCGCGCGAGAACAACAAAACGACGAGAGCAGUUUUGCACCGUCUCCCUUUACUCUUUUUCGUUUCUUUCGUCUUCAUUUUCGUCUCGAGUUCGGCCACCACCGUCGCGGCGUCGUCGUCGUACGAGUCGCGUCUUUUGGAGAAAUGGAAAGGGACCGAGGAGUUUGCGAAAGCGGAAAAGCAAGCGAAAGCGCUCGUGGAACGCGUUCAAUCGUCGUUAAAAGAAGGAGGAGGAAAGGAGAAGAUGACGACGACGACGACGAUUUCUAAACAGCGCGAAACGAAAGCUGCGAUCGCGACGCACUCGAACAUGUGCGUCGCCAGACGAUACAUUGAUCUGUGCGAGGGAAAGACGAAUGAAGGCGAGUGCAUGGCGGAGCCGGCGUGCUUUUGGGACGAUACGCAAACGACGCCAACGUGCACGAAUUCGGUUGCGGUCCCCACUGAGAUGGGUAUUGAGAUGGGUGCAGCAGCAAUGGUGCUCUUGCCCGUGCUCACGUGCGGACUUGGUGGUCUGGGAGGCGAGGCGGCAUGCACCGCCCUGGCCGCCGACGGCUUGGGGUGCGUGUGGACCGCGGCGGACAGCGCGUGCGAGGCUGAUAUGACGGAAAGCGCGCUGACAAACAUGUUUGGCGAUUCGUUCCUCGCAAAGCUCGUCGCGCAAGAUUUUCAAUGCGGUGAAAUUACGAGCGAAGUAGCAUGUGUUGAUUCCUGCACUUGGGACCCGAGUUUCAGCUCGUGCGCCGCCCGAACGGAUUUGAAGACUUCGUUGUACAGUUCGUAUUGCGACGCGAACACGAAAACGCAAGCUGACAAUACCGAUUAUUGCGAAGUUCUUGGCGAGGCAAAAACGUGCUCGACGUUAACGAGCGAUAGUACGUGUUCUGCGAGCUCCGUGUGUAUGUACGACGGAACUUCUUGCUCGACGAGUUUAUCUGUGAUGUUUAAAUCGUUGGCAGUCACGUUCGGCGGCAAACUCGCAACGCACGUCGACUUGAUGACGUGCGCUAAAGCUACAAGCGAAACCAAUUGUGCGGAGCUUUCGAACUGCGAAGUUUUAUCCUUGAAUGGUGGACCGACGUGCGUUCCAACCGACGCGGCGUACGACGCCGCGUUGCCUACCAACGCGUUUUUAGCCGACAUGGAAAAAAAUUGGUACAUAUGCAGCAUGCACGACUCCUCCUCAUCGUGCGCAACCGACAGCAAAUGCGUGUGGAACUGCGACGAUCUCGAUUGCACCCCGAAUCCAAACAGCAUCGAAGUGACGUGCGCAGGUGUCGCGAAACCGUACGCGAUCUCUACGGGCUGCGAUAGCGGCAUCUCGCUCGACAGCGCCGCCGGCGCCCUUCUUCGCCGGGACGGUCUUCGCCUCGCCGUGACCACCGCGUUUGUUCUUCUUCUUCCUCUUCUUCUUCUUCCGUAA